AUUUUUAUUGUAUAUAGGUAUAACAUAACAAUUUUUAUUAGUUUUAAUUUGAACCAAUAUGAGCGCUGUAUGCGGGGGUCCCCGUAGAUCACGUGACUUUUCGAUUCAAACCGUAUGCCGUGUGAUAACAUUUUUCUAAUGGGUCGAUGGGCAACCAUACUAUCUUAAAUCGUGACUGUGUUUAAACUUUAAAGUAUAUUUCAGACGUGUUUGCCAGUUGCCACACAAAUCCGUUAUCAUUUUAAAAAGAAAUAUUUAUCAUACUUGAUGGUCGAUGGAAUAUAAUAUAUUGUGUACGAUACUACGAUGUGACUACGAUUAUUGUUUUCUUAAUUUCAAAAUGUUCAUCCGCAACCCGACAGAGGACCUAAAAUGACACGGCUUCAGUGAGGAGGCUUACCUGAUAAUAGCGACGGUGUUUUACACGGCAUCGCUGACGGUGUCUAGUAGCUUUCAAAAUAACUUGAUCAGUAAAAGAUCCUGCGAGCCGUUAAUUCCGUUCGGCGAAUGCCUAGUUGGUGUGUAUGAAAGUCAACACCUGGUGUAUUCGAAUACUAAUAUCUUACAGUAUUUGAUUUCUUUCGCAGUUGCUCUAAUAGCAGGAGUAUGGAGUGACAGUCAUGGAAGAAGACGUAAACCUUUAAUUGUCUUACCGAUUAUAGCACAGGUUUUAACAGACGGUUUAUACUUUGGCAAUAGCUAUUGGAAUUGGUAUUAUUAUAAUGAUAUUAUCUUUCAAUGGAUAAUUCCUGCACUUUACGUUGGUCGAAAUAUUUUUUGGAUUGGCGUAAUGUCAUAUGUAUCAGAAAAUUCUACUGUUAAAUCAAGGACUUUAAAACAUGGAAUAAUAAUUGCAACUUAUCCUAUAAGUUCUUUAAUGGGUGCGGGAUUAGUUGCAUUAUUAAAAAUAGGAAUACGAUAUCGUGAUUAUGAUUUUCUGUUUUUGGUACCGAUAUUGUUAAAUUUGAUUGCAUUAUUGGUUAUCAAUUUACUCGUUAAUGACACAUCUGACUCUUGUAAUAGAGAUAUUGAGUGGCAGAGACCGAAAUAUGUUCUCAAGGAGUUCACCGAUUUAUUUAAGGAUAAAUUAAAGGAUUCGGCUGUUGUAUUAGCUAUAUUGAUAAUAUGUCAAUCAAUAUUGGUAACAAGAAUAGGAUGUGACUAUGAUUUAAUAAUGUUGUAUAUAAAAAAGUCGUUUAUGUGGUAUAAUGAUGAAGAAGUUUGUUUUACCAUUUUAAAAAUGAUGGCCAUAUUUGUCGGAACUGUGUUUUCGGUUUCGGUUUUAAGUCAUUGUAUGAAAAUAAACGAUUUACUAAUUAGUAUUUCAGUUUGCUGCUUUUACAUCGCAGCUGCUGUAUGCUACAUUUUUGCGAAUCAAUUUUUUCAAAUAUUUAUGAUUACAAUAAUUUAUUUAUGCCAUGGAACAGUGGUCACUAUUAUAAGUUCGUUAACAUCAAAAUUGGUGCCAAUCGAACAACUCGGUCGUUUAAAUGCCAUACAAAUGUGUAUGAACUCUUUGUUGACUGUUGGCGUAGUUACGGCUUAUCAAUUCGCCUUUUAUUACAUUCAUUAUACUAAAGCUGGACAUUUGUGUCUGUUCACUAUAUUGUAUGUCGGUUUGACUCUACCCAUAUUAUCUGUGUUUGUGAUUUUGUAUUCUAAGUACAAACAUCUCAUGCAAAACGAUACUCCUACAGUAAAACAAGAUAAUAUAUACGUCAUAUGUUAAUAAUAAUGUUAUUUUAUAUUUUAUUUGUGGAAAUUGAAUACAUAUAACUGCUAUUAAUUCACUUUUGAAAACAGAAGGAAUAUUAUAUUAUAGGUUUCAUUUAUGCGUUGAA